CUCUCAGCCAAUCGGAGGGCGCACCCUCGUUGCCGCUCUAUGCAGCUCCGCCCCGGCUCGCUGGUCCCAGAAGGCUCCGGGUUUCCCAAGAUGGCGGCCGACGUGUCCGUUACACACCGGCCCCCGCUAAGCCCGGAGUAUGGGGCUGAGGUUGAAGCUGGCGAUGCCACGGAGCGUCGGGCGCCAGAAGAAGAGCUGCUACCACUAGAUUCAGAAGAGAUCCGGAAGCGCCUAGAACACACCGAGCGCCAGUUCCGUAACCGCCGCAAGAUACUGAUCCGGGGCCUCCCGGGGGACGUGACCAACCAGGAAGUGCACGACCUGCUCAGUGACUAUGAGCUCAAGUACUGUUUUGUGGACAAAUACAAAGGAACAGCUUUUGUGACCCUGCUGAAUGGGGAGCAGGCCGAGGCAGCCAUCAGUGCUUUUCAUCAGAGCCACCUGCGGGACCGCGAGCUGUCGGUGCAGCUGCAGCCUACAGAUGCCCUGCUGUGUGUCGCCAACCUGCCCCCCAGCCUCACGCAGCAGCAGUUCGAGGAACUGGUGCGGCCCUUUGGCAGCCUAGAGCGCUGUUUCCUGGUCUACAGUGAGCGUACCGGCCACUCGAAGGGCUAUGGUUUUGCCGAGUACAUGAAGAAGGACUCAGCUGCCCGUGCUAAGUCAGACCUGCUGGGCAAGCCACUGGGCCCACGCACCCUCUAUGUGCACUGGACAGAUGCUGGGCAGCUGACACCUGCCCUGCUGCACUCCCGCUGCCUCUGUGUUGACCACCUGCCACCCGGCUUCAACGAUGUGGAUGCCCUGCGCCAGACACUAUCGGCUGUCCACAUACCCACCUUCUGCCAGCUGGCAUGCGGCCAGGAUGGGCAGUUGAAGGGCUUUGCGGUGCUGGAGUACGAGACAGCAGAGAUGGCGGAGGAGGCACAGCAGCAGGCAGAUGGCCUGGCCCUGGGGGGCAGCCACCUGCGUGUCUCCUUCUGUGCCCCUGGGCCCCCCGGCCGCAGCAUGCUGGCUGCGCUCAUUGCUGCCCAGGCCACGGCCCUCAACCGGGGCAAGGGGCUCCUGCCUGAACCCAACAUCCUGCAGUUGCUCAACAACCUGGGGCCGUCCGCAUCCCUCCAACUGCUGCUCAACCCUCUGCUCCGUGGCAGUGCGGGAGGCAAGCAGGGCCUCCUGGGUGCCCCUCCAGCCAUGCCACUGCUCAACGGGCCAGCCCUGUCCACAGCGCUACUGCAGCUUGCCCUGCAAACCCAGAGCCAGAAGAAGCCCGGGAUCCUGGGAGAUUCGCCUCUGGGCACCCUUCAGCCUGGGGCCCAGCCGCCCAACCCCCUCCUUGGAGAGCUAUCUGCAGGCGGAGGCCUGCCCCCAGAGCUACCACCCCGUCGAGGGAAGCCACCACCCCUGUUGCCACCACUGCUUGGCCCUGCUGGGGGUGACCGGGAGGCCAUGGGCCUAGGUCCCCCAGCUGCCCAGCACACUCCUCCCCCAGCCCCCAUGGGGCUCCGAGGCACUGGCCUCAGGAGCCUGCAGAAGGACAGUGGGCCCCUGCCGACGCCCCCCGGGGUCUCGCUGCUAGGGGAACCCCCCAAGGACUACCGGAUCCCCCUGAAUCCCUACCUGAACCUACAUAGCCUGCUCCCAGCCAGCAACCUGGCGGGUAAGGAGCCCUGGGGCUGGGGAGGUGCCGGGAGAAGCUGCCACCUAGCUGAGGGCCCCUUGCCUAACCCCUCAGCCCCUGGUGGAGGUGGCAGCGGUGGCAGCAGCAGCAGCAGCAGCAGCAAAGCCUUCCAGCUCAAGUCCCACCUGCUCAGCCCUCUCACCAGCACCCGCCUGCCUGCUGAACCAGGACUGCCUGACAGCUACAGCUUCGACUACCCCUCAGAUGUAGGACCUCGGCGGCUCUUCUCCCACACACGGGAGCCAGCCCUCGGGCCUCAUGGAUCCAGCCGACACAAGAUGUCUCCCCCACCCAGUGGCUUUGGCGAGCGAAGUGCUGGGGGUGGAGGUGGGCCCCUCUCUCACUUCUACUCGGGCUCACCCACUUCCUACUUCACCAGUGGCCUGCAGGCUGGCCUCAAGCAGAGCCACCUCAAUAAGGCAGUUGGCUCCUCCCCACUGGGGUCCGGAGAAGGGCUCCUAGGCCUUGGCCCUGGGCCCAAUGGUCACAGCCACCUGAUGAAGACCCCACUGGGCGGCCAGAAACGCAGCUUUGCCCACCUGCUGCCCUCGCCUGAGCCCAGCCCAGAAGGCAGCUAUGUGGGCCAGCACUCCCAAGGCCUCGGCGGCCACUAUGCAGACUCCUACCUGAAGCGGAAGAGAAUUUUCUAAGGCACCAGAGAUGCCUGAGAGCCUGUACCAAAUCGCUUUUGGGUUUUCUGGUGGUUUUUUGUGUGUGUUUUUAAAAACGUUUUUCUUCUUUCGGUGAUAGAAGAAUCUCUGAAAGACUUUACUGACCAGCAAGCCGGAGCCCCAAAAGCCCAAGGAGUGUGAGGGAGUCUGGGGGUCUCACUGCAUCUCUGGCCCACUCCUGACACUGAAACCCCACAGCCUUAAGAGAAGGGCCCUGGCCUACUCUCUCUCCUUCUCCUGUUCUACAUUUGUGCCCAUAUCUCCAGGAGUCCCUUCCUGCUUUGUCACUCCUGUAUUUUGACCUUUCGAGUGCCUUGGAGGUUUCCCUGGCCUCCUGUGAGGAUCAGAGACUGUCCCCUUUUUUAACUUUGACAAUUGGCUUUUGUUUCUUUUUUUAGACCAUCCAGGACAAACCCCAGCUCUGAUUCCUUCAAGGUCUAGCCUCCUUCAAGGUCUGGGCCUCCAUUCCACACUUUUUGGUUUGAAACAGCUCAGCCCUUUUCUCUUUUCCCAUGUCUGCUACAGGCAUGGCUGUCUCUGCCUGCCUGCUCUGUACCUGAGCCCCAGGUCGGUCCCCUGCUCCCUGCCUCAGCCCCUUAGCCUUCUGAUGCCUUAAAGCUGGGCCCCAGGCCCUGGCUGGCCAGAGCUUCAGAUGCCGAGCUCUGGGAGCUUGACCAAGGACCAAACAGCUCUGGCCUACGUUUUGGGUCUCCCUACGGAGGAUCUCCACCCGGGAGAUAGUAGAAGGCCAAAGCCUUCCUCUUGGCAAAUUAAUCCUACCAUUCCUGCCCAGGACUAGGUGUAGAGAUGGACUUUCUCAGCCAGCUUAAACCAGUUCCCUUGCUGUCUGUGGGAAUCAGGUCUGGCACUCAUUUCACCGAGCCUCUGCUGUCUGCCCCCUUGUUGAAGAUGAGCUACACCCUCCAUCCCAGGCCAGAUCACUGGAGCUGGCCUCCUUUUGGCCCCAUGCCAGAAACUAACAACUCCGUGCAGAUAAGCUCUGCACCUGCCCUCUAGCAGGACUUGUCGACCUGUGGUGUCCCUGGGCCUUGUCCCUUUCUGACUGGGCCACCAGCUUCCCUUUCCCUGCCUUCGGGGGGUGGGGCCCCAUCCACUCUAGGGGGAUGUCCUCUUCCCCAAUCUCCCCAUACAGACCUUUGCUGAAUAAAAGUUUGUAAGUA